CUUCUAAAUUGAGUUCAAGCACCUAGAAGCCGACUCCGCAUCAACACCAUCGUUUUCCUCACUAGUUAGCCAACAGAAAUGUCUUCAGUUGAAAUUUUGAGAGGAUUUGUAAAUGAACGACUAACGGCAGCAGCUGAAGAAAUAUUUGGAGUUUUUAAGAGGACUGUUAUCGCGUAUGAAGAAGAGCUGAACCGUCAACGCAGACUGCUGGAUGUCGUUUUGAAACCUCACGUUAGGUUACACAAAAUAGAAAUCCCACAGCAACAUGUCAGUAAGUACACAGAGGUUCUCUCUGACCAGCAGCUCUGUAACCAGGAGAGGAACCCCAGCCUGGACCAAAAGGACCCUCAGCCUCCACAGAUUAAAGAGGAACAGGAGGAACGUUGCAUCAGUCAGGAGAGAGAACAGCUUGAACCAAAACAGGAGACUGAGAGCUUUGAAAUUACGCUCACCAGUGAAGAAAGCGACAACGUUGAACUCCAACUAAAAAGGGACUUCAAGCUCCUUGCUCACAGCUCUCAUGUAACUGAGAACCAGUAUCCUCAAAAAGGGAAUCAUAGUGACUCCCUAUCAACUAGAGAAAUAAAACCAAACAUGAGAUUUCAAAACAGCACAAGUCACUCACUGGAAUUAUCAGAUAAUCCCUGUUAUCCUGAUGUAAGUGAAAAGUCUUUUAAAUGUGACCACUGUGGCGAAGUUUUUAAGAAUAAUUCAGGACUGAAGACACAUCUACGUGUCCACACAGGUCAGGCGGUACAUACUUGCUGGAGCUGUGGCAAAAUGUUCAGUUUCAUGUCAUUACUGAAAAUUCAUGCGAGAAUCCACACAGGCGAGAAGCCUUAUUCUUGCAAAACAUGUGGAAAAGGCUUCAAAUUUACUCAUGCACUGAAAGCUCACAUGAGAACCCACACAGGUGAGAAGCUGUUUUCCUGCAGCACCUGUGGAAAAAAAUUCUGUCGACGGUCAAACUUAAAUACUCAUGUUCAAAUUCAUACAGGUGAGAAACCGUUUAAGUGUGAAAUAUGUGGUAAAUAUUUCAGAUUAAAAAGUAGUUUUACAUUCCACAUGAGAACACACACAGGUGAGAAGGUGCACUUAUGCAGCUUCUGUGGAAAAACUUUCUACAAAAUGUCUGAUUUGAGUAGGCACGUUCGAAUUCACACAGGUGAAAAGCCAUUUACCUGCAAAACGUGUGGCAAAUCUUUCAAAACAAAAUGUCACUUAAAAGAACACAUAAGAACGCACACAGGUGAGAGGCCGUUUUCCUGUAAAAUAUGUGGAAAGGAUUUCAGAUACCUGCGUGUGUUGAAAAGCCACAUGGUAACCCACAUAGGGGAGAACCUGCACUCCUGCAGAAUCUGUGGACAGAUAUUCAGUCAUGAGUCAGAUUUGAUUAGUCACAUUCAGAUUCAUGCAGAUGAGAAACAUUUACAGUGAACCCUGAGGAAGAUCAGUCAGGGUUGUCAGAAAUUGACAGAGCCACAUGAGGAGAAAGAACAUAAGUGGGAAAAGACACUUUAAAUGAUCUAUGUCACAGCACAUUGAAUGACACUCUUAACAAGUUGUGAGCAGACAUGGAGGAUACUUUAGAUAUUUUUACAGAGGAAGCAAGUAACACUGCAACAUUGAACUUCCAGCCAUCCAUCUUCCCAUUCAUUAUCUAUACAGCCUGUCCUGUUUGAGGUUGUGGGGAAGUCAGAGCCGAUCCCAGCUGUCAUUGGAUGAAAGGUGAUGGGAAAAAAAAUACUACACUUUGUUUUUAAUUAAGUGAUUAUGCUGGCCUUCUUGGUCUUGUGCUCACAUAAUGAACACUUUCGUUACUCUGCGCCUAUAAUGAUUCUUUUUUGCCCAGAGAGAUAGGCUGGUGACCUUGAAGAUAGGGAGUUAAAGUUUCAACAGAGAGCCUCUCCUAUGCUAUGAAGAAUGCAAGCAUGCUGUGAUCUGUAUUUUACCUAAAUACUGAUACUUCUCUCUGUUCAGGGAGCUCCUCUCCCACAUUCCUGUGUUGUGUGAGAUUCUGUGCACAGCUUCAAUAAAGAGACACUGACUUCAAGAUCCUCA